AUCUAUAAGACCAAGCGCCGAUUCUUGGCUUCUUCUUCAUCUUCUUCUCUGCUCACACGCUUCAUUUUUUUGAAAUUGCAUUUUGCUAUCUAGAGUUUACAAAAGAUGUGUGCAACUGCUUCGAAAUCAACAAAACUCUGUAGCAGUUGCCGACGCCUCCCCAACCCAACGACUAAUAGCAGGUAAACGAAUGCAAAUCUAAAAAUGUGGGAGUGAAACAGCCGGCUUUGUUCAAGAAAACUAAGAGAAAUUUUUGCGAAAAAGAUUAAAGAAUUAUUACAAAUCUAAAAAUGCACAAUGGAAAGGUGAAAAUUUAGCAGCUAAUCAGCCUCUAUUUAUAGAGGGUAAAACUCAGUUAGUAUAUUCAAAUUUAAAUUUGAGCUCCACAAAUUGGAGCCAAAACUACAUUGAAUCAGAUUAUCCAGCAGUUAAAAUGAGCCAAAACAUUCACCGGAUAAAAUGAUGCUGGGAUUGGCGGGAAAUUGCUGUAGGCAAAAACUUGGCUUUAAUAUUAGUAUAGAUAGAUAGAUAGAUAGAUAGAUAGAUAUAUAGUAUAGAUAUAGAUAUCUUCUAAUUUCCUUUUCAAGUAGAAGCACCAAUUGGAAAAAACAAGAGCAUGAAGGGUGGUGGUGAAAAUCAGCAAUCUCCUUCUACCAUUUUCGUUGCGAAUUUGCCGUUUUCAUUAACUAACGCACAGUUGGAAGAAGCGUUCAGUGAUGUCGGACCAAUACGGCGAUGCUUUAUGGUUAUGAAGAAGGGGUCCACUGAACACCGAGGAUUUGGCUAUGUUCAAUUUGCUGUUGUUGAAGAUGCUAAUCGUGCCAUUGAGCUGAAAAAUGGUUCAACUCUUGGUGGUAGAAAGAUUGUUGCUAAACUAGCUACACAUCGUGCUCCUCUUGAGCAACGCCGAGCUAAAGAGAAUCAAGGCCUUGUGAGUCAACCUGAGGAAGCUGUCCAAACAAAGGAUGACAAAGCUGUUGAAACUUCAGUUGCAGAAAAACCUGAUAAGACUCCAAGUAUUAAAGGAAAAGGUGAGACAAGGGAGAAAAGAAAAAGGAAGGAUAUUUCAACUGCUACCCCUGGCGAAGCAAAAAUUUCGGAGAAACAAAGGGUUGCUAAGACUGUCAUAUUUGGUAGUCUCCUUGAUAUCGAUAUGGCUGAGGAAGUUCAUCGUCUAGCAAGAGAGAUUGGUACUGUAUGCUCUGUCACUUACCCACUUCCAGAGGGAGAACUUCAACACCAUGGGCUAGCUCAAGAUGGAUGCACAAUGAAUGCCUCCUCUGUACUUUAUACAAGUGUAAAAUCAGCUCGUGAGUGUGUAGCAGCACUACAUCAGAACGAGAUACAAGGGAGAUCUGUUUGGGCACGCCAACUUGGUGGAGAGGGCUCUAAAACUCAGAAGUGGAAGCUUAUUGUGAGAAAUCUUCCAUUCAAGGCUAAAGUAGCUGAGAUAAGAGAGAUGUUUGGUGCUGUAGGAUUUGUAUGGGAUGUAGUUAUUCCUAAAAAUCCUGAGACUGGGUCAUCCAAAGGAUUCGCAUUUGUUAAAUUCACAUCAAAGCAAGAUGCAGAAAACGCCAUCCAAAAUUUAAAUGGGAAAAAAAUUGGUAAAAGACCAAUUGCUGUUGAUUGGGCUGUUUCAAAAAAGAUCUAUGCUUCUGGCAAUGAUACUGCUGCCGCCACAGGAGAUGGGAAGGAGGACGAUGACGGAAGCAGUAGCGAAUCAGAGGACAAUGAUGUAGAACCAUUGAGAAAAUCAGAAGUGGAUAGUGAUAAUUCUGCUGAUGAGUCCGAUUCCUUUGACAAGGAUGAGAGUAAAAGUGAAAUUGAUUUCGAAGAAGAGGCAGAGAUUACAAAAAGUGUACUUCAGAACAUUAUUUCUUCAUCUUCUGGGAAUAUUGCUGAUGGUGAUGAUUCAGGACUGUCAAAAGGAAACAUUGAUAAAUCCAUGCCAGUCGAAAGAAAGUCAUCUGAUGCAUCGGACACCACGGUUGCCACCAUCAUGAGUGUUAUUGAAGAAAAACCUAAAAUAACUAAGCCUCAAGGAGAAGAAGAGUUGCAGAGAACAAUUUUCAUUAGCAAUCUUCCUUUUGAUAUCACUGUCGAAGAAGUGAAACAACGUUUUUCUGCAUUUGGUGGAGUGGAGACUUUUAUGUUUGUUCUUCAUCCAGUAACGAAGCGCCCAAGAGGAACUGGAUUUCUGAAGUUUACAACAACAGAUGCAGUCAGUGCUGCACUAUCAGCAACCAACACAGUAGCUGGUCUGGGUAUCUUAAUAAAAGGCCGACCAGUAAAAGUGCUGAAGGCUCUGGACAAAAAAACAGCCAACGAUAAGGCACUGGAAAAGGCCAAGAAAGAAGAUGGUGACCACCGCAAUGUAUACCUGGCUAAGGAGGGUUAUAUAAUGGAAGGAAUGCCUGCUGCAGUAGGAGUUUCGGCCAGUGAUAUGUCAAAAAGGAAGAAGUUGCACGAAGAUAAGAUGUCUAAGCUUCAAUCUCCAAACUUCCGUGUAUCAAAGACAAGGCUUAUCGUAUACAAUGUGCCAAAGACUAAGAACGAAAGAGAUUUGAAAAAGCUUUUUAUGGAUGCAGUAAUUUCUCGUGCAACAAAGCAAAAGCCCAUAAUUCGACAGAUAAAGAUCUUGAAGGAUUCAAAAGACCGAAAAGAAGGUGAAAAAAUUCGCCCACGUGGAGUGGCUUUCUUAGAGUUCUCGGAGCAUCAACAUGCACUCGUGGCCCUGAGAGUUCUUAAUAAUAACCCUGAUAUCUUCGGUCCUGAACAUCGCCCCAUUAUGGAUUUUGCACUUGAUAAUGUGCAGAAGCUGAAGCUUCGGGCAGAAAAGCUUCAAGCACAGCAACUGCAGGGUCCAUACGAUGCUAGAGGGAAUUUUCAGCAAAAUGAUCAUUUAGGCAGAGGGGGUUCUAUUGCAAACUCGAACUCAAGAAUACACAAGUAUAGAGAUGGAGAUGCCUCAUUGAAGAGGACUUACGAUAACAAAAGAGGGGAAUUGGAGAACAAACGCAGUGCAGGAAUGGUGGCUGAGGAAGGCGGCAACAAAAGGCAGAAAGGUCCUAGAAAAGAUGCAAAGAGCCGAGUUUCUCCGGCCGUGACGAAAAAGCCCAACUUGCAAGUUUCUGAUCAGCGGAAAGGAAGAGAGGCUGGUGGUCAGAACCUUAUACCAAGCAAUACUGUGAGCAAGAAAGAAGGAAGAGAUGCCGGCAUGCCAAGAAAAAUGAUUGAUCAAUCAGAACGAUCUACAGAAGGUGAUGGCGGUGAACGCAACAGGAAACGCAGGAGAAGAAGCGACCCAUUGGGGCGUGACGUAACUGAUAAACUGGACAUGCUUAUUGAACAGUACAGAUCCAAAUUCACUGGAAGCAGUGCUACCCAAUCUGAUGGCAAAAAGCAGGGUUCCAAGAGUCUUAAAAGAUGGUUUCAAUCAUAAUUUUGUCUUCACCCAUUUUUAGCUGAAUGCUUCGUUACUUGAAAUUUUGAUCCAACUAUACUUUGUUGUAACAUGAAAACAAAAGCAACGAAACUCCACUGAAUGUGUUUGGCGCAUCGGCAACUGAAAUGCAUAGUGAAUGGUGGAUUUUGGAGCAGA